UGAAUUCUCUUUGUAUUGUCUCUGUGUUGCCUCAAACAAGCAACAAUGUCUUCUUCUUCCAACUUGAUCUCAUCUUUUCUCGAUAUCACUGGCAUCAACUCUGAGGCCUUAGCAGUCUACUAUCUCAAGGCAAGGAAUUGGCAACUUGAAGAAGCACUCAAUUCCUUCUUCAUGAGGAGCGAGGCCGGGUCAACGGAUCCUGUUAGUUUCCUGAAUCCAAAACACGAUAAGCCAAGGAAUGAAGUAUGGGAAUCGGAUGGAAGAGUUGAUCCCACGCCAACUGCUUCUGGUGGUAAUCUUGCUUCCUUGUAUCGCCGUCCAAAUUCCCUGACCAUUCAAGGCUCUUUUACGCAGGUGAAAACGCAGUCUUUAGUUGAGAACAGGUGGCUGAUAGUUAAUCUGCAGUCGAAUGAAGAAUUCAACUCGCACCUGCUGAACAGGGACACUUGGUCCAAUGAGAGCGUCGAGGAAAUGAUACGACAUAACUUCAUUUUCUGGCAGGUUUAUAAUGAUACCGAUGAGGGCAAGAAGGUGAAUGCCUACUAUAAGGUCUCCUCGUUACCAGCAAUUCUUAUCAUAGAUCCAAUAACAGGCCAGCAAAUGCGUUGUUGGAACGGAAUGAUACAGCCGCUGGAUUUAUUGGAGAGUCUGCUCCCUUAUACGGAAAAAAGUCCACAAGAGUGGGUUUUUGGUCCUUCUGAGAAGAAGUCAAGAGAAAAUGCUGAGACUUCUGAUACCUACGUUACAGACAAUGCAUCUGUAGAUGAGGAGUCAAUGGCUAAUCCAAGAGAAGAGGAUCGAGAUCAGACUGCAGAAGAUGUGGAUGAUGUGUCCUUGGGUAAUGCACAAAAAAGUUCAGAAGAUGAUACCUUGCCUACCGAGGACGUAGAAGAGCCUGCAUAUCCGUCUCUUAUUGCAGAACCGCAAGGCAGCAAGGAAGUCAUCUGCACGGUGGCCAUUCGUUUCCCUGACGGACGAAGACUGCAGAGAAAUUUCCUUCGUUCUGAUCCAGUGAAGUUGCUAUGGCCAUUCUGCUACUCUCUUGUUGAGGAAAGCAAGACCAGAAAGGCCUUUGUGUUGACACAAUCAAUGCCUGGAGCUGCAUCAAAGACUCUGGUGGCGGGAAGCAAUCAAACUUUUGAGGAAGCUGAUUUAUGCAAUUCUCUGCUAUCUCUUGCAUGGUUAUAGGCCAAGUUAUGUCAUGAAUUGGGGCGA